AUGGCCAAUCCCCACGCCAAUUCACGCCAUUCUGCGCUCUCGUCUCCUCCAAUGUCGCCUAAGAGCGUGUCGCUACAAGUUGGUUUAGUGAAAAGUAAUCAUCUUAACCACCGGUACCAGAUACCGUUUGCAGAGCUCCUGGCCUACAUUAUGCCCCCCCUUUUUUUCCCACCCGCUUGUCAAUUGGGCCCUACUAAACAUCAAAAUCGCGGUUUGCUUGUAUGA